AUGAAAUCAUCGGCAGCCGAGAAUCUGUGCCGUCGAUUUUCACUUGAUGAACUCAACGUAGCCACCGGAGAUUUCAAGGACGAGCAUGUGAUUGGAAAGGGUGGUUUUGGUAAAGUCUACAAAGGUUUCAUUGAUAAUGACUCAAUUGCUGUGGCCAUAAAGCGUCGGCUGUCAUCGGAUCCCAGCCAAGGGCAGACGGAGUUUACGGCGGAGAUUGAAACAUUAAGUAAGUUCCGACAUCGUAAUCUAGUCUCUCUGAUUGGGUACUGUGAUGAACAGGGAGAGAUGAUUCUUGUUUAUGACUACAUGUGUAAUGGAACGCUAGCAGAUCACCUCCACAAGCUAUCCAGUAAUAGCAGCAACGACAGCUCAACUCUCUCUUGGAAUGAACGACUUAAGAUAUGUAUUGGAGCGGGACGAGGCCUGGACUAUCUUCACUCUGGUUGCUCCAUCAUACAUCGUGAUGUCAAACCUACUAACAUCCUUUUAGAUGAAAAUUUCGUUGCUAAGAUUUCGGAUUUUGGGUUGGCCAAACAUUUAGGACAUGAUAUCUCACAGAGCCAUGUCUUCACAGAUGUUAAGGGUUCGUUUGGGUAUUUCGACCCAAGUUAUUUUACCACUGGUGUACUUACAAAGGGAAGCGACACUUACGCGUUUGGGAUAAUAUUAUUGGAGGUAUUGAGUGGAAGGCCUGCGGUUGAGGGAAAGCUUGCAGAGGAUAAGGUGUGUAUGAGCGUAUGGGCUCAAGAAAAUAUACGAAAUGGAAAAGCUGACCAGAUUGUAGCUUCAAAUUUGAAAGGAUAUAUCUCGGAAGAUUGCCUCAAGACAUUUGUUGGGGUUGUUAAAAGUUGUUUGCAUCCUGAUCCGAAGAAACGACUCACGAUGACUCGUGUUGUGGCACAACUUGAGUUAGCCCUUGAACAGCAGGAGAGGAAAGGGACAGCAACACAAAUAUUACAAUUUUGGCCGUUUUGGAAUAGAGAAAUACCAUCUGGAUCAACAUCAAAGUAUCAAAUUAAGGUUGAAGUUGAUAAGCUGUCAAAAGCCAUCCCUGCUACUCCCAUUGAUGGAUCCCUUUCAUUCUAUUUGGUGAAGAAAAGGACCUUGGUGGUGAUUAUUUUAGUCCCAAUCGUAAUGAAUUCGCAGGAGUCCUGUAUAAUGGAGAGGAUGCGACAAUUGAAAGGCUCCACUACAUGCCAAAGCAUGAAUUUGAAUUAAGAGCAAAGGUUUCAAGACCAUUAUCUAACCUGAAGCAUGAGAACGUGGUCGAACUAGUUGUUUACAAUCAGCAGGUCUGGGCGUAUGAUUUUGCUCCACGAGGGUCCCUACACGACAUUCUUCAUGAAC